GAUGCGAUGCACCAUUCUUUUCUUAGGCUGUCGUUAGUUUGUUAGUUAUUCACUUGUACAAAGUCUUCGAGAAAUGAAUCUAGGGAGACAGGGAUCGAGACAACCAUAUAACUGAUCUGUGUUUGUCUGCUUGCUAAACAUGGGACGACUUUACAUUUAUUUCUUGAAUUAUGGAAUUCAUAUAUCGUAUCAUGUUUAUAUCUAUAUAUAUUGAAUAUCAAAUUUAUUUUUUGACUAAAUAUCAAAAUAUAUUUGCUCUUUUAAUAAAACCUAUUGGUAGUUGGCGUCUGAAUGAUAUUGCAAUGGUAUUAUCAUAGUUCGUGAUAAAAAAAAUGCUGAAUAGUAAUUUUAUAUAUAUAUAUACAUAUAUGCACCCAGCAUAUUUGAGUCAGCGCAAAGAAUAAAAAUAUAAAAAUCUCAUAAACUACCAUCCUAAGCCUGUGCCUGUUAAUCUAGUCAAGAUGUAUACCAUCUUACAUCAUUAUUUAUAAUCAUUACUACACAAAUAUAAUGGCCUCCCUUGAAGAAUUUUACCCAUCAGAGUUCUCUGAUACAGCCAAUCAUUCAUUUUACUAAAUAAUAAUUAAUUUAAUAUUUAUUUUAAAUCUCAAACUGUACCACCGCACACUCACAUAUAAGAGUAAUCUUGAUACGGAAGUACAUAUAAAGAAAGAGAGAACAAAAGAAAAUCAAGCAGAAAGAAAUAUAAGAUUUUAUAAAGUAAAAGAAGAAUAAGAGAGAUGGGAAAAGCAGUAGUAUCUGAGAAGAUGAAGCUUCUUGUAGCUUUGAUAACUUUACAAUUCUGUUUCGCAGGUUUCCACAUUGUCUCAAGAGUUGCACUUAACAUUGGUGUUAGUAAAGUGGUCUAUCCUGUUUACAGAAACAUUCUUGCUCUUCUUCUCAUUGGUCCUUUCGCUUACUUUUUGGAGAAGAAGGAAAGGCCUCCUCUCAGAUUCUCUUUACUUGUUCAGUUCUUUCUCUUAGCACUGAUAGGAAUCACAGCAAAUCAAGGAUUCUACCUCUUAGGACUGACAUAUGCAUCUCCAACGUUUGCUUCAGCAGUGCAGAACUCUGUUCCUGCAAUCACUUUCAUCAUGGCUUGUACCCUAAGGAUCGAGCACAUAAACCUUGUUCGAAGACACGGUGUAGCCAAAGUGUUGGGGACUAUAGUGAGCAUAGGCGGAGCAACAACCAUCACAUUGUACAGAGGAUUCCCACUUCUUCGCAGAAGUCUUACGGCGCAAGAAACCCACCACUCUCAUGACGAGAUUGAAUCCAUUAACAAGUCUCAGAACUGGACACUUGGAUGCUUAUACCUUAUGGGACACUGCUUGUCAUGGGCUGCUUGGAUGGUUCUUCAAGCUCCUGUCCUAAAGAAGUACCCAGCGAAGCUCACUUUAACAUCAUUCACAUGUUUCUUUGGUCUGAUUCAGUUUCUGGUCAUUGCUCUGUUUGUUGAGACUGAUCCCAGCAAUUGGAUCAUUGGCUCAUGGGAAGAGCUCUUCACCAUCCUAUACGCGGGAAUAGUGGCGUCUGGUCUGGUGGUUUAUCUUCAAACAUGGUGUAUUUACAAAGGCGGUCCUGUCUUUGUUGCUGUCUUUCAACCACUCCAGACACUUCUAGUAGCUGCAAUGGCAUUUGUUGUCCUCGGUGAUCAACUUUACUCUGGAAGCAUUGUUGGCUCAGUGUUCAUAAUGUUGGGGCUGUACUUAGUCCUUUGGGGUAAAACAGAGGAGAAAAGACAGUUGAAUGAAGCGUCAAGUCAAGAAGAAGAUCAUGAGUCACUCACCAAAAACCUUCUUGGAGAUGAAACUAAAGAAGCUCAGGAUUCUGAAUCUCCGGUUUAAAACAGCAUAUACCUGACAAGACAACACAAGAAAAUCUUUUCUGUAUAUACACACACAUGAGAAGGAUAUAGCAAAUAAGAACUUGGCCAAGCCACAGAUCCUAUAAAAGAUCUUGUUGGUGGUUUUUUUAUAUUUUGUUUUGUUUCCUGAGAUCAUUGCUAAGAACAAGCAUUUUGUAUCGUUUCAAUCUUACUGUUUCCAAUUGAUUUACAUUACCUUUGGAAUAUUGUACUCCCUCAUAUACACAUAUUCCUCUUC